CCCUAGAACAGAGCCUUGGUAUCUGAAGAUGCAAAAUAUAGGGUUUUAUAUCACUGCCUAUAUAACUGUUCGUAGUGGUCAAUAACAUAGUGUUCCGUCGUUUCAGACAACGGCAUAAGGAAGCAGCGUUCCACCAUUCACCGACGUGGCAUACAUCUUCUUUCUGGGCAACUGUCCAGGGGCUUCAAAUGAAGAAGGAAUUGUCGAUUGCCAAUCUCCUUCAGGGACGAUGGUGGCUGCCAGGUACCUCAGCAAUCGUGGAAAGAGCGCUUGGCUCGGUGUUGGCACUGCAGUUCGAGGCGCGCCUUACUUUGGUUCUUUUGUCACUCUCAUAAUGCGACUUCUCUUUUCGGCUGCGCGAAUUGGUACGCUCUGGUGUGAGUGUUGCAGAAAUGCAUGCCGUCCUCUGUUCUGGAUUGUUCGAACCCGACUUAGGUUAUGA